UGCAGUAAGUGAAGAUGAGGAUGAGGAUGAAGAUGAGGAUGCUGCUCGCUUAGCAAGAAGGAGAAAUUGAAAUCGGAGGAGGAGGAGGAGGAGGAGGAGCGGCGAGCAGCUUUCAGUUUUUUCUUUUUCCUCCAGUUUGUUGGGGUCGACAUGAGCAUCGUGGACCAGGCGUCCACGAAACUGUUGACUUUCAAUCAGCGCUCGGCCUCGGAGGACCUGGGCUGCCGGCGUGGAGACUUCAGCAGGAAGCACUACGGCUCCGUGGAGCUGCUGAUCUCCAGCGAUGCGGACGGCGCCAUUCAGAGGGCGGGACGCUUCAGGGUGGAGAACGGCUCCGCAGACGAGAAUUUGGACUACGCUCCCGGAACCUGGAGGAGGACCGACGUCCACUUGGAGAAUCCCGAGUACCACACCAGAUGGUUCUUUAAGUACUUCCUCGGGAAAGUGCACCAGAACUACGUGGGCACGGACGCCGAGAAGAACCCCUUCUACCUGUCGGUGGUCCUGUCCGACCAGAACAACCAGCGGGUUCCGCAGUAUCGAGCCAUCCUGUGGAGAAAAACGGGCACCUUGAAGAUCAGCCUCCCGUACAGCCCCACCAAAACCCUGUCGGUCAAGUCCAUCCUCAGCGCGAUGAACAUGGACAGGUUUGAGAAAGGCCCGCGGGAGAUCCUCAACCCCGACAUUCAGAAGGAUCUGCUAGUGUUGGAGGAACAAGAGGGCUCCGUCAACUUCAAAUUCGGGGUCCUGUUUGCCAAAGACGGACAGCUCACAGAUGACGAGAUGUUUAGCAACGAAAUGGGCAGCGAGAGCUUCGAGAAGUUUCUUAAACUGCUGGGCGACACCGUGACGUUGCAAGGAUGGGCCGGUUACCGCGGAGGUCUGGACACCAAGAACGACACUACGGGGAUCAAGUCCAUCUACACGGUGUAUCAGGGCCACGAGCUGAUGUUCCACGUGUCCACCAUGUUGCCCUACUCCAAAGAGAACAAACAACAGGUGGAGCGAAAGCGUCACAUCGGAAACGACAUCGUCACCAUCGUGUUCCAGGAGGGCGACGAGGCGUCGUCGUCCUUCAAGCCGUCCAUGAUCCGCUCGCACUUCACUCACAUUUUCGCGCUGGUUCGAUAUAACGGCCAGACUGACAGUUACAGGUUGAAGAUUUUCUCCGAGGAGAGCGUCCCGCUGUUCGGCCCGCCUCUCCCGUCGCCGCCCGUCUUUACCGAUCACCACGAAUUCAGGGACUUUUUACUCGUCAAAUUAAUCAACGGAGAGAAAGCCACACUGGAGACGCCGACGUUCGCCCAGAAGCGUCAGCGGACUUUGGACAUGCUGAUCCGCUCGCUCUACCAGGACCUCAUGCCCGACCUGCACAAGGUCCCUUUUUCCCCGCAGAACAUGUUGAACCGUCGCUCCUUCAGCGACGUGUUGCCCGAGUCGCCGAAGUCGGCGCGAAAGAAGGAGGAAGCGCGUCAGGCCGAAUUCGUCAGGAUAGGGCAGGCUCUGAAGCUGAAGACCAUCGUGAGAGGCGACGCCCCCACCAGCCUGGUGACCACCGGCUUGUGCAGAAAGGAGCCGUGGGAGUCGCAUUCGUUCUGCGGCGCCUUCCCUCACGAGAUGGUGUGCGCCGACUCGUGGGCUCAGUCGCUGCUGGUGGCCACCGACGCGGCGGGGGUCCUGCUGCUGGACGGCCCCGAUCCGCCCCCGUCCGUCACCGAAGCUCCGGCGGCGCCGGCGCCGGUGCCGCUGCAGCUGUUCGACAAGACGCUGCCGGUCAAGCAGAUGGACGUACUCGAGCCUCAGGACUUGCUCGUCACCAGGGCAGACAAAGGGAAGGACGCUCGGCUGUACGUGUUCCGCCUGAGCUCGCUGAGGAGGGGCCCGGACCCGAAGCAGGCGGCCCGGAGCAAGUGCGACUGCCGCGAGAAUAAACUGGAGAAGACCAAAGGUUGCCAUUUGUACUCCAUCAACACACACCACGGCUCGGAGCUGAGGAUCGUGGCGGCCAUCCGGAACAAGCUCCUCCUCAUCACGCGAAAACGCUUCGAGGGCUUCGGCGCCGUCGGGGGGUCCGACUCGCCGGUGGAGGAGUUCCAGUACAUACGGGAGAUCUGCCUGUGCGACCCGCCCGCCGUGAUGGCGCUGGUGGACGGCCCGACGGGCGAGAACGACAACAUGAUCUGCGUGGGCUACAAGCACCAGUUUGACCUGAUCAACGAGAGCACGGGCGACGCCUACCGACUGCACCACGUCGACGCCAACAGGGUCAAUUUCGUGACGGCUAUCGACGUGUACGAGGACGGCGAGGCCGGUCUGCUGUUGUGUUACAAUUAUCUUUGCUCCUACAAGAAAGUUUGUCCGUUCAACGGUUCCACGCCCAUGAUCCAGUCCAACGCGUCCGACUUCCACUUCAGCUGGAACCAGAUGCCCAACGCCAUCGUUUGCGCCUUCCCCUACAUCCUGGCUUUCACCACAGACUCCAUCGAGAUCCGCCUGGUGGUCAACGGCAACCUGGUGUACACCGCAGUAGUCCCGGAACUGCAGCUCGCCUCUUCGCGGUCGGACAUCUACUUCGUGUCGUCGGCUCCGGUGAGCUCGGCCUCGAACUGCAGUUCCAAGGACGCCAGCUCGCAGAGUUCCCCGCAGACGCCCACCGGCUACGAGAUGCCGGUCUUCCCUUCGCCGCUCGGGGACGAUUCGAUACGGAUCCCCUACGGUACCAGGCUUUCGCUGUACACGUCUAAGGACGCCGAAGGCGAGUCGGCGUGCAAGCGCAUCUUCAAGAUCCCGCUGUGCAACCUGGUGGGCCGCAGCGUCGAGAGACCCCUCAAGUCGCCGCCGGCCGGAAAGGCGCCGGCCUCCGCCGCCGCCCCCGCCGUCGCCGUCGCCCCCGCUCUGGCGUCGGCCGCGCAUUCCCAUUCGCUGUCGCUGUCGCGCAUGGAAAUCAAGGAGAUCGCCAGCCGCACGCGCAAGGAGCUGCUCGGCCUGACGGAAGAACCGAGCAGUAAGUCGGAGGGCGGCGCGUCCAAAACGAAGAGAACGAGCAGGAAGAACGCGGCUGAGGAAGCCAGAACCAGAGCGCUAACGUCCACCAACAGCGACAGCAGGUUGGACUGCGAGGCCAGCGACGCCGACUUGGAGGGGGCGUCCGUUUUGGAGCCCGAGCCGGAGACGUCGGUGCUUUGGGCCGACGGGCCGCCGCUCGCCGGCGCCUUCGCCCUCGAAGACGUCCCGGACCUCAAGUGAAGACAAUCCCGCCGUGCACUUCCCUUAAAUAACCACUUCCUCUACCUUUCACGCUGCUCACAAAAAGGUUCGCAGGAAAAACAACAACAGUGGAUUCUGAUUGGACUUUUCAGAUCAGAUGAACCCAAAUUGCAGAAACGUGAACCCCAAUUGAACACAUUUAAAUGGAUCAAAACACCCUCUCGACUUUUUCCAAAUAGCGUACCGUGGCGCCCGUUCCCAUUUUUCUGCCGUCCACCAUUGAGGGUGUGUCAUAUAAAACAUCACUUUGACAGUUUUCCGGUAAAGUUGAUUUUUUUCCACUCCCAGUUGGACAUUUCAGCACUCAACCAUAUUUCGUCACCCCAAAGUGAGCUAGCUUAAAGCCGACAAAACGGGAAAUGCCAUAGAGGGGCUAACAUGGAUUAGCAUAAUUCCUUCAAACAACCGACCACCACUUUGCUGGGGUAGUUUUGAAUUUUGCAAAUGCAAAAAGUACGGAAAACAUUCAACCUGCAUCCAAAAGUUUGGCAAAGGUCAAAGUUCACCUGUAAAGGUUCUCGUGCAUCGGCCCUGAAAUUUCACCUGAACUUUUUGUGAGUGGCGUGUAAACUUUUCUUGAGUACCAUUGCUGUGCUUUUGAGGGUUUCUUUGUUUUUUUUUUUUUUUUUUUGCAUUCCUUCCGUCUGCCCUCUUCCAAGAUGGCUGCCGUUCCAGACGGUCGUGUCAGCGUGUGCGCGUUUGUAAUCAAAACCCAAAGAGCGGCGACCCGACCAGCUUCUACUUGCGGCCGUUUCGAGCGACUCCCCAAAAGUUACGAAAGUCACAUUAAGCCCGAGUUUGCUCAUGUAAGUGUCGUAUCCGGAAAAAAAAAAAAUGCUUGUGGAGGUCUCUCUGUACACAAAGUAGCGCUGUGUCUGGCAUGCAUAUUUAUAGAUGUGUUAUAACAAACGACUACAGAUCUAUUUUAUUCUUUUAUUGAGUAUAUUCACGGGUACGACGUCGCGAGCCGGCUACUUGCGCUUUUUGUCGAGCGUGCACAGGUUGUAACAGGGCUGGAGGCGUCUCACAAGUGCCAUUUCCCAGCAGCCGGCGCGGAACUGCGUCACCUCCUUCCGGGGGGGGGGGGGGGGGGGCGUAGCAGCAGCAGCAGCAGCAGCAGCCAUGAUUGUAGUCCUUUUCCAGCUAGCCCCGUUAUUCCAAAUUGCAGCGGUACCUCGGUUUGGUUUUUCGAACAAAUCGGUUUUCUAACGAAAAUUUGGACCACACGUCCUGCACCUCGACGUCAAAUUUCAACAAAAUACAGUGAACGCUUGUUUAUACGCGGGGGGGGGGGGGGGGGUUACGGUCCGAAUCCACCCGGAAAACCAGAUCGAAAGUCCGCUAGCUUAAUGCUAACUUGUCGUGAGCUCAGGAACAAGUCACGUUUUAACGCUAACAUGUCAUGUGAAAUUCUAACAAAACAAAGAAAAUUAGCAUUGAGCUUACUUAAAGGUGGUCAUAAACUUUUGAAACUAUUUUAACACACACGUCGAGCAGCAGACUACAAAACGUAAUUAAAAAUUGCAGAUUGACACCAAAAUAUCCAAGCAAACCAGAUCAUUUUCUCUCACGAAAAUCUGCGAGUUGAAUAUUAACAUCGAGUAUAAUGUGAAACUCCACGGACGGGCAAACGUAAAUGAGCCUAGCUUAGGCGUUGAACUGAUUAGUCG